UUCCAUCAGUAGGUAGUAGUAAUACCAAACAUGGCAUUGAAAUGGGGUAUAGUUUCAGCAGGCAGAAUCUGUCACGAUUUUGUGACAGCAGUUCAAACAUACCCAGAAACCGACCAUAAAAUUGUAGCAGUUGGUGCUAGAUCAUUAAAUAAUGCCCAAAAAUUUGCCAAAGAUCACAAAAUUCCAAAAGCCUACGAAGGCUAUGAAGGGAUUGCAAAAGACAAAGAAGUAGAUAUCGUAUAUGUUGGAAAUUUAAAUCCCCAACAUUUUGAAGUUUCAAAAUUAAUGUUAGAGCAUGGAAAGCAUGUUUUAUGUGAAAAACCUUUUACUAUGAAUGAAAAACAAACUCGGAAACUUGUGGAACUCGCACAUCAAAAGAAUUUGUUUUUAAUGGAAGCAAUAUGGUCUCGCUGUUUUCCAGCUUACAAGGAAAUGAAGAGAUUGAUUGAUUCUGGAGCUAUUGGUGAAGUUCUUUUUGCUUCAGUUCAUUUUGGACACGCUUUACAACAUGUUGAGAGACUCAAAGCUAUAGAAAUGGGAGGUGGUGCCAUCUUAGAUUUGGGCGUCUACAUAUUGCAAUUCCAACAAUAUGUUUUCCGUGGAUUGCGUCCAAUCAAAAUUGCCGUCAAUGGUCAUUUGAAUGACAAAAAAACCGACGAAAGUGCCGGUGUUAUUAUCACCUAUCCUGAUGGCAAGAUGGCAGUUGUUAGCACUUCAGCAAGGAUAUCUUUACCAAAUGAAGGAAUUGUUGUUGGUACCAAAGGUACAAUCAGAAUGCCCGAUUUUUGGUGUCCCACUCAACUUAUUACGCCCGAGAAAACUUACCAGUACGAGUUGCCUAAAUCACCAGUUGCUUUCUUUCAUAAGAAUAGUGCUGGGUUGGCUUUUGAAGCUGAAGAAGCUCGUCAAUGUAUAAAAGCAGGUAAAAUAGAAAGUGCUCAUAUGUCUCACCUUGAAUCAAUUGAACUUGCCCAGCUGAUGGAUUUAAUGAGGAAAGAAGUUGGGGUUGUUUUUCCACAAGAUUUUGAAUAAAUAAACAGCUUUGUUGAGAGAACUUUGUGUGUUUUACUGGUUGCGUGUAUGAUUGAUUACACGGUGGGGGUCAUUGCAUAAAACACGAGUUGCUGGUUUACAAUUUUAUUAAUAA